AUGUGUGGCGCCCUAUGUAAUGGUAGCGAUCCGCCACUCGACAUCAGUUCGCGUCCUAUCAAACUUGUGGUCGCUCGAGACGGCUACCAACCCGACGUCAGACCAGUCGGACGCGCAUAUCAAGACCGAGACGGCGAUGAUGCUCGCCGUGGCGCAUUACGCCAGCUUCUCGGACGCCCCCAAGACGACCCGCGUGCUCUACGCGCCGCGGGGUUGCCGGCAACCGAGGCGGGCUACAACGGCGACCCGCCGUUCUGUUCGGGUCGGAGGGCGUACAUGACGCAGCGCACGGCGAUGCACGAGAUCGCGCACACUCGGCGGGGCACCACGGCGGCGUUCGACGCGCUGGCUGCGGGCAGCGACUGGGCGAGGGCGAUGCCGCUGCUGCGGUCGUUUGACGGCGCCGACGCGGCGAUCACCAGUGGUCGCGGCCACUUCUGGCCGUGUGGCCUCAAUUAUGAGACCAAGUGGAGCGAGACGAGUCCUGGUCGAUCCCUUGUUAUCUGUACGCCAGCCCUUCGUGCCCGAAUCAGGAGCAUGGACGACACACUCCCAAGCCCCCCAUUCAUCGACAUACCGAAGCUCGACAACUUCCGUGAUGCCGGUGGCUACCCCGUGGCCUCGCAGCCCGGCAAGGUAGUGCGACAGGGUCUGAUAUUCCGCUCAGCCGAGCCGUCCAAGGUCGCCGAAGAGGCCAUCGCAAUGCUCCAAGCGCUCGGGAUCACACACGUGUACGACCUGCGCUCGGCACUGGAUUUGGAUAUGUCUCGCGAACGUGGAAAUCCCCAUCCAGCCAAGGAAUGGCCCGGUGCCGAAAGGGUUUCCGUUCCUGUCUUUCGCGAUCAGGACUACACGGCGGAAACGCAGGCCCUGCGAGACGCCAACUUCGGAGAUGGUGAAGAGGGCUUCGUGCGAGCAUACAUGGGCAUCCUCGAGGCUGGAACGUCUGCGGAUAAUACAGCACGCCCCUUCGCAACCAUCCUGGCCCAUCUCACCUCCGGCCCUGACCCGACCCCGCUGCUCAUUCACUGUUCGGCAGGCAAGGACAGGACGGGUAUCAUAUGCGCCUUCAUCCUGUCGCUAUGCGGCGUGGACGACGAGAUAGUCGCGCACGAGUACGGCCUCACGAAUCUAGGGCUGAAGUCGAUACAGGCCGAGAUCCUUGUCAACCUCCUGAAUUUGCCCGGGUUCCGCGACAAUCCUGACGGCGCAAGGGCCAUGGUUGGUGCUCGGCGGGAGUCGAUGCUUGGCUUUCUGAAGGCAAUUCGAGAGAAGUACGGUUCGGUCGAGGCCUGUGUCUUGGAACUGGGCCUGCUUACCCCGGACGGUGUUGCGCAGCUUCGGCAUAACCUGAUCGUGGAUGCGGAGGAGAAAUCAUCAAUCGACUGA